UUGUGCCUGCUUGUGCCUGCUGCCAACAUGAAGUACUCCUCAGUCGCCGCCUUGCUUCUUUCCCUGGCUGUGUUCAUGGGCAGCGGCCUCGGAAGGGCGUUGGCUAACGUAAAUUAUGGUGGAAAUGUAAUGGACAAUAUCCUCCAGAAGGCGAUGGUUGCUGGGACUAUCCCUAACAAAUACGCGGGCACUGGCUCCAACACAGCGUCAAACGGUUGUGUCGACAUCGUGACAACAUCAAAGUAUUGUCCUUACUCCGUUAUCGGAUGCAUCCGUUUCUGCACAAACGAGGGCUACCGUAUGGCCGGUUGCGGAGGAGUUGACCGCACGGAUUGCUUGUGCUAUAAAUAGUUCGUGCAUGUAUGCUCUCCUUCUGUCUUUCUUUUUUGCACCUCACUUGCAGUGUGUUGUUUUGGUUCUUGGUACACAAAUAAUGAUGUCAAUAAAGGUGCACGUUGCAUAAGA